AUGACAUCGAUCGCGGUUGUGAACGGCCAGAAGCGCGAUAGCUCCGGCUCGACGGGAGCUGCACAAGUAGACACGACGACAGCGACAGCUCCGACGGCGCCGCAAUCCGAAGGAGCGAAUGGGAACAAUGGGGCAGCGGCGGCGGCGACGAAUGGACAGAAUGGAGGCGGUGCGAACGGAGCGCAGCAGAGAGAGCGACGAUGCGAAAUUUAUCGGUACACCUCCGACAAGCCGUUGUAUGCCGCCGCGUGGUCGUAUCGAACCGAUUCGAAAUUCCGUUUGGCCGUCGGAACGUGCGUCGAAAUGGCCCAAGGCAAUAAGGUCUCGAUCGUUCAACUCAAAGAGGAAACGCAAGAGCUCGCCGAAAUCGCGAGCUUCAAUCACGAUUUUCCGGCGAACGCCGUCGGCUUCAUUCCGGACCACGAGAACAAUUAUCCGGACCUUUUGGCGACGACCGGUGACUGUUUAAGAAUCUGGAAGGUGAACGGAAGCAACGUCGAACAGGAUGUGGCGCUCAAUAAUGCAACACAAUUCUCGGCGCCGUUGACGAAUUUCGAUUGGAACGAGACCGAUUUGAGAUUGAUGGGAACGUCGAGCAUCGACACGACGUGCACCAUUUAUGAUAUCGAGGUGGAAACUGCGAUCGCGGCAGUGAAGCCGACGUCAUUCACCGUCAAGACGCAAUUGAUCGCCCAUGACAAGCCGGUGCACGACAUCGGAUUCUCGAAGGUCAACAACGGACGGGACCAUUUCGCGACGGUCGGCGCCGACGGAAGCGCCCGAAUGUUCGAUUUGCGUCGAUUGGAGCACUCGACGAUCGUCUAUGAGGAUCCGCAGAAGACGCCGCUGAUGAGAUUGGCGUGGAACAAACAGGAGCCGUAUUAUUUGGCGACGUUCGCCCAGGAUUCGAAUGAGGUAGUGAUAAUUGACAUUCGAAUGCCGUGCAACGCGCUGACGCGCUUGAAGAACCACAACGGCGCGGUGAACGGCAUCGCGUGGGCCCCGCACAGUCCGCAUCACAUUUGCACGGCGGCCGACGACGCGCAAGCGCUCAUUUGGGACAUUCAACACAUUCCGAGGCCCGUCGAAGAUCCGAUUUUGGCGUAUUCGGCUGCCGGAGAGGUUAAUCAAGUGCAUUGGGGAUUUGUGCACAGCAACUGGAUUUGCAUUUGCUUCAACAAAUCGCUCGAGAUUCUGCGAGUCUAA